UUCUUCCCUAGAGAUUAUCCAAAUAUUGGUAUCAUCUUCAGUGAUUCUAGUGCCACAGAACUGAGGGGGGAGUUGGUACCUCUAGGAUGUCAUGAGUCAGCAAGGAGAUAGUCGUUAGCCUCCUGAUAACACAAACUGACUCCCCAUUUUUUCUUGACCUUUAGAAUUCUGUGUGGGAGGCAGCUGAGAGAUAUCAGAUUGAUAAAGGUUCGAGAUAGGCAAAGCCCUGUGCAGCUAACACAGCGCUCAUUAUCAGUGAAUGACCUAUAGAGGGGCGGAAUGAAUUGGAGGAGACAGGAAGCUGAAAUGGAGGUGGGGAGGUGUACUCCUAGAUCCCUCUGACAGGUGCAAAGUUCAUUCUUAGGAACCCUAAUCCUCAUAAGAUAACCUUAUCAAUAGCCUCGCAGUCCUUUUCCUCCAAAGAGGACUUUAGUCCACACUAGUCACACAGUGCACUGGCACUGACUGGGGCAGGUACUGUGAGAGGAGCCAGUUAUCUGCUCACAUACAUCAUGGAGCCAACUGGGACCCAGCCUCGGAGGAGAGAGGGGCGGGGAGAGAAGCAAGCAAACAACUGCCCCCUCAAUGAAAGUGCCAAAGAAUGUGAAAUUCCUGACCUGGUGCAAUUGAUGAGGCAUAUGGAGGCUGUGAAGGCAGAGUUGCUGGAGCAAGCGCACCAGCAGCUGACUAAGCUGUUUGAUCGGGCCAUUUGGGAAGCUGUGCAGUCCUACCCAAGUCAAGGCUGCCGCCCAGGCUCAGCCUUCCAGGAAUCCCCAAAAAGAGCCCAGGAACCAAAUCUGGAAAGACGGAAAGUUUUCAUCCAUCGCAAGUCGUUACUCGACGAAUUGAUGGAAAUUAAGCAUUUGCGAACCAUUUAUCACAUUUUCAUUGCGGGACUAUGUGUCUUCGUCAUCAGCACCCUGGCCAUAGAUGUCAUUGAUGAAGGAAGGCUCGUGCUACAGUUUGACCUCCUGGCCUUCAGCUUCGGACAGCUGCCCCUGGCCCUGAUGACCUGGCUGCCCAUGUUCCUGUGCACAGUCCUAGCCCCAUACCAGGCUCUUUGGCUAUGGGCUAGACCCGGAGGCCGGGGGGCCUGGUAUGCAGGGGCGGGGCUGGGGGCAGGCCUUCUAGCCAUCCAACUGGCGGCGUUGGGUGUCCUCCCAAUCUACGUGGCCCUGCAGUACCAGCUGUCUCCUGGCUCCCGCUGUGUUCUAGUCUUUGAGCAGAUCCGGUUGGUGAUGAAAAGUUACUCCUUCUUGAGGGAAGCCACACCUGGAAUCUUCCAUGCCGAAGGAGGUAAGGGAGCCCGAGUUCCCAGUUUCUCCAGCUACCUCUACUUCCUCUUCUGCCCCACACUCAUAUACAGAGAGAGUUACCCCAGGACAACCCAUAUCAGGUGGAAUUAUGUGGCCAAGAAAUUUGCCCAGGUCCUGGCAUGCGUGUUCUAUGCCUGUUUCAUCCUUGGCCGUCUCUGUGUGCCCAUCUUUGACAACAUGAGCCGUGAGCCCUUCAGCACCCGAGCCCUGGUGCUCUCCGUCCUGCAUGCCACACUACCUGGUAUCUUCAUGCUGCUGCUCAUAUUCUUUGCCUUUCUCCAUUGCUGGCUCAAUGCCUUUGCUGAGAUGCUACAGUUUGCAGACCGAAUGUUCUACAGGGACUGGUGGAACUCAACCUCCUUUUCUAACUUCUUUCGUACCUGGAAUGUGGUGGUCCAUGACUGGCUCUACAGCUACAUCUACCAGGAUGGAAUUCAGCUUCUGGGUCUCAGGGCGAGAGGGCCAGCCAUGCUCAGUGCGUUCCUGAUCUCUGCUGUGGUCCACGAAUACAUCUUCUCCUUUGUUCUGGGAUUCUUCUACCCGGUUAUUCUGAUUCUCUUCCUUGUUGGAGUAAUGUUUCACUUCCUGAUGCGUGACCAGAACACUGAGUCCGUGUGGAAUGUCGUCAUGUGGACUAUGCUUUUCUUGGGCCAGGGAAUAAUGGUCAGCCUGUACUGUCAGGAGUGGUACAGCCGGAAGCAAUGCCCGUUCUACCCGAUGACCUUCUGGGGACUGGUUACCCCACGAUCCUGGUAUUGCCCCAUCUAGAGGUCAACAUGCUGCUACGUUUCUCCAGCCAGAGUCAAGUCCUGGGAUUUUACUUCUCAGAGUCUCAGCUUCACCUGCCCCAUCCCCUGGAACCAGGGCAGUCCAAUCCUGGAUAUCACUCCAGUGGCAAAAAAAAAAAAAAGAAAAAAACAGCUGGAGUACAUGAAACCUGCCAGUGGAUGCCAGAGGAAGAAACCAGGAGCCAUAGAGACAGCUGGACAGAAAGGAAAGUCCUCUCUCUUCCUCUACCCCAGGUUUCAGACACCAUUCUAGAGUUGAUGAAACUUGGGGGAACCUUGGAAGGACUUGAGAGCAUGAGGGAGCUUGAAUAAACUAGGGGGUGAUUGGAAUAUGGAGGAGUGGUGGUACUGUCUCCUGUUCCUCUUCCUGCCAACAAUAAACUUCCCUUUCUGAGUCCA